UCCUUUUAGUUACUGUAAAGUUCCAUUCCAAGAAUCAAGAAUGGAUCCCUACUGAUUCAAGAAAGCUUGAAACUUUUCUUCUUCCAACUCAGCUAUGGCGAUAUCUCUUUGCUUCUCUCCCCUCACUUCAACAACCCCAAAACACUAUUCAAGAAUCCCCCUUUAUAAACCCAUUACCACUUUAACAACCCCAAAGAUUUUAAAUCCCAAUUUCAAGAAAGUAAAAUGUGUUCCUGAUCAUCCUCAGAAUCUUUCUGUGAUUCAAGAAAAACCCAGAUGGGCAAAUUGGUUGUCAACUGCAGAAAGUCUUUAUCCUGUUUAUAUAACUGUUGGUGGGGUUGUUGCUUGUUUAAAGCCCUCAACUUUUUCAUGGUUUGUCAAGUGUAGUCCCACUUCAUAUAGUUUGACUCUUUGGUUUAUAAUGCUUGCUAUGGGUCUUACAUUGGAGAUCAAAGAGUUAACUAACUUGUUAUUGCAAAGGCCUCUUUCUAUUCUGUUUGGUUGUGCUGCUCAAUAUACUAUUAUGCCAGCCUUGGGAAUGAUUCUCAGCAAAAUCUUGGGUCUGCCUCCUUCAAUUUCAGUUGGUCUGGUAUUGCUUGCGUGUUGCCCUGGAGGUACAGCGUCUAACGUGGUAACCUUAAUUGCACAAGGAGAUGUCCCGUUAUCAAUAGUGAUGACAGCCUGCACUACAGUUGGUGCAGUGGUUCUAACUCCCUUCUUGACAACGAUUCUGGCUGGAACUUAUGUUCCUGUGGAUGCUGUUAAGCUUUCUAUCAGCACGCUCCAGGUUGUGGUUGCUCCAAUUCUCCUGGGUUCUUAUAUGCAGCAGAAAUUUCCGAAAGCUGUAAAAAAAGUUACACCUUUUGCUCCCCUUCUUGCAGUCUUAGCUACAUCUCUUGUUUCUGCCAGUAUAUUCUCUGAAAAUGUUGGUCAUCUAAGAUCUUCCAUGGUUGGCAUGUCAUUAUCUUCUGAUUUGCCUCUAAUCAGUCGUGCUCAGAAUGUGCUAGCUAGCGAAUUUGGACUCGUUGCGGUGUCUGUCGCAUCGCUUCAUUUUGCUGGUUUCUUUGUUGGGUAUCUUUCUGCGGCUUUGGCCGGUUUUAGCGAACCUCAAAGACGAGCUGUAUCCAUCGAGGUGGGCAUGCAAAAUUCUGCCUUAGGAGUGGUUUUAGCGACCUCUCAUUUCUCUUCACCAGCAGUUGCAUUACCUGCUGCAACUUCAGCCAUCAUUAUGAACAUAAUGGGUAGUUGCUUAGGUUUCUUUUGGAGAUGUAUUAACCCUACUCAACCAAAAAGUAGCCUUGAAGUGACUGAUAAAUCUUGAAUAUUCAUGUUGAACCAUUGUGUUCUUUUUCUUUCCAUUUGUACACUCAUGAAUAAAUUUUUGUUUUCAUCA